AUGUCGUGCCGCCGCCACCAGCGCGAGCUCAAGGAAGAAGCCCCCACUCGCCCCCCGUGUGGAGGAAAGAAGAAAAGAGUCAAAGAAGCCACAGCAGCGGCAUCGUACAGCAUUGUGCAGCAUCAUAAAGACAAGAUGGACGUAUUGGCCUUCUUCAUGGGGGUUUCGAUGUUUUUCUAUCUCCUCUUCGGUUUCAUCGAGUACACCGGAUCCUUCUUCCUCGAGACCGUGCAGCUCAACCCCCACAUCCCACUCGACGAGCACCUUCAGGUCAUCAGGCGCUGA